AUGACAACCCUGAAGCUGAUAUUAAAUAAAGGCUAGGAGUCAGGGAGCUGGGAGAGAGAUGUUCAUAGCAGGCAGGGGAGAAGGGCCAGAGACAGAGGAGUCUCCUGCUCACAGAGGAAAUUGCAAGGACCCCAGACAGGUGAGAAAGCUCAGCAGGGAAGAAGCCCCUGAGCUCCCCAAUGGCCAGCACGGGGUGUGCAGCAGAGCUGGCCAUUGCAGCUGCGGAGGUGAGGACUCCACUGCGAGCUGAGCGGGAACAGCCCCUUGCCAUGGCUGAGGCCCCAGAGGCACGGAAUGCUCCCAGUGCCGCUGCCUGAGGGAGCCACGGGGGCUGCUGCUGGAGCAGCGAGAAACGCAGCACGAGCAGUUCAGGCACGCCAAGGACAGGCCAUUGCUCUGCCUGCUGCCGCUGCUGCUCCCGCUGCUCCCGCUGCACAGAGGCGUUUCCGGCACCUCUGCUAUCUCGGGGCUGCCACGACAUUUCUGACUCUUCCUCACUCGGCAAACACGCAGCUUGCUCUCGCCAUGCACCUCGCACAUCUCAUCCUCACCGUCUUCCUGGGACAGCUCCUGGGCACCUCGGGGCAGAUCACGGUCAUCCAGGAAGAUGGACAAUUCACGGUGAAGCAGGGACACACCUUCCACACCAUCUGCAAAUACCAGACCAGAUAUUUUAAUGCCUUGCUCUGGUACCAGCUGCGGAAAGGCCAAGCCCCCCAGCUGCUCUCCUAUCAAUCAGGGACUGCCCCCAGGCACAGCGGCCGUAUCACCACGCACCUGAACACCACGGGGGAAUCCAGUGUGCUGAAGGUGGAGGAAGUGGAGGGCUCUGACAGCGCCUUGUACCUGUGUGCUGUGCAAGACACCCUGGUGCAGGGAGCUUCCUGGGCUGUGCAACAACCCAGGGGAGGGAGGGGAUGUGUCUGUGGAGGUGUGAGAUUGGGGAAGGGACUCAGAUGUCACCACAGUGCUCACCAGAAGUUGCAUCGCAUGUGUGUACAAUGGUCUGAUGGUUUUCACUACGUCUAUUGUGACACUUCCCUUGGGAAAAUAUUCUGGAAGAUUUUGAUACAUUUCUUCAUUGAUCAAUGUCGAAAUAAAGAAAACUAUCCCCUAUGUAUGCCUGGGACCUUUUCCUUCCACACUCCAGCCCUGCUGCUUUGGCCCCACUUGUUCUCAGCAGAGCCCAGAGCUGGUUCUGUCUUCCUGCCCUGGCUGCUCUUGCAGCAGCCCCGUUUGCACGGACACACGUGA